CUUUGAGACAGGCUGCAUGGAAGAGUGGGAAGCUGUGACAUUCAACAAUCCUGCUCUGCCCCUUAUUUUCUCUGUGAUCAUGAGUGGAUGAGUCAUUUAUUUUGUGAACUUCAGUAGCCUCAUCUAUAAAAUGGGAUGAUGACAUUAUUCCUUUGAAACCUGGCUGCUGUAAGAACGUAAUGGAUGUGAAAGCAGUUCGCAAACUCUUAAGUCAUCUGUGUUGAUCUCCAUAGUCAUGCUCAAAGGCUUGGUCAUCCCCUGCUGAUUACCCUCCACUCUCUUGCCCAGUGAUGGAACUCUCUAGUGAAUUGGAAUGAGUCAGCCCAUGGCUGUGAUAUCACAGAACUCGUGAGGUCAGAGGUCCUAUAGAAGGGAAGGGAAGAAAACGGUGCUGGGAAGGGGUAAGGGGUGGGACAGGGACAGGGGAGGGAGGUGGCAGGGAGCCUGCUGGGCACUGGGGUGUGGGGAAGGCCACAACAGUGGAUGGGCAGAUCCAUGACUUCCCUGGGCUCCCAGCUUCUCAGAGCAGCAUUACUGGCAGCCAUCUUACUGAUGCUGUGGGUAAAGGGGGUGAAGACUCAGGGAUGGAGCCCACGCCCCAAUGAGAGGAGUAAGAAAGAACAAAUACCCUCUACAGGUAAGUACCAAAAUCAAGAGCAAUUCGAAGAGUACUUUGUGGCCUCCUCAGUGGGUGAGAUGUGGCAGGAGGCAAACAUGGUCGAGCAAGAGGAUGACAAGACAUCAGAGAUGGAGAACACAGCUGUUCGUGACCACCUAUUCGACCUAGCCUUGUGCUUUAAUGUGGCCAGUGUCUUGGUUUUUUUAUAAGAGACAUUGAAGAUGAGGUGGUGGCCUUUUUCCUGGAUGAGGACCUGGAUAUCUACCUCGGUUUCAUGAUAGCUUACUGACCCUCUCUCCCCUGGGCUUCAGGUCACUACUCCCAAGGAGACAUACACACAGUGUCCUGCCCCUUGACUGCCCCUGCUCUGAGCUCCAUCCUUCAGGGCCAGAUACACCAGACCCGUGCUCUUCUCUUUUCCAUGCCCCUCCUGGCUUUGUUCAGCACAGCAGAUUAGGGGAAGGAGAUAGCUACAAUAAAAGUAAUAGCAAUAAAAUCCUGAAA